AGGGGCGUGGAAACGGAAGUUGAGUUCGCCGGGGUCAGAGGCCGGCUGUGUUGAUGUUGACACUAGGCCGGGCCCAUAGAUGGGCCGUAGUAGACGCCGCUGUCAGGAGACCGCGAGAAGCCCGGAAGCCGUAGGAGCCAGCGGGAAGAGGCCCUUUCAGCGGAACUGGGCUGCUCGGGACGCCCGCUUCCCUCUGGGCGCCUCCCGGGGAUUGAAUGCUUCGCUUCCUUCCGCCGCCCUGCUGAGCUGAGCGGAGCUGCCGUGGGACGGCGAUACGUUGUGAUUGAGCCUGUCAUCCGGGCACUCGCCUCCACCUUCCCUCUCCUCCUUUCGACAGAGGCUCUGCAGUCCCCUUCGACUCCUCGCCCGCGACGUUGCCCCUUCCUCCCUCUGUCCCUCCCGGAGCCCUCCUCAUCCGGGUAACCUGCUCGUGGCUUAGCCCUUUUCAUCCGGGCACCCGCCGGCGCUCGGCCCUCGGAGCGCGGCGUUCUUCGCCCGGCCGCCGCUUCCCGGACACGCGCCCUUCCGCGCAGCUCCUGCCCGAGGCUCUUGCCACUCGGUGCUCCUCCUCCUCCCUGCCCCGUCCCCUUCCCUCCCCGUCCCCGCUUUGGCCAUGACGAUCCUGCCCAAGAAGAAGGCCUGCCCGGCUGCCGGAGACGGAGACAGGGACCAGCCCGGCUCGAGAGGGGGAGGCCCCGGCGGCCCGGGGGGACCUGGCGGCGUAGGCGGCCCUGACCCCCGGGGCUGCCCCGGCGCCGAUUCCCACCCACGCGGCGUCGGCGUUGGAGGCGGCGUCGGGCCCGGGGACCCGCACUCCGGACGCGGCGGAGCCCGUCCCCGGGCUUCGCCUCCUCCCCCGCCGCCGCGCUGGGGACUGCCCCCCGCUGGGUCCCCUCCGCCGCCGAAUCCCGGAGUUGGAGCCGGAGGCGACGGGCCCGGCCUCGGCCUACUAGACCCUGGAGUGACCGAGGCGCGGGGCGGAGUCGGCGGCGGCUGCUGCUCCGGGCCCGGCCACAGCAAGCGGCGGCGGCAGGGGGGGCCUGGCGGCGGGCUAGGGCUCGGCGGGGCUGCGGGGCCUGGCGGAGGGGGAGGCAAUAGUCCCGAACAAGAUGAGGUCGGCGCCGGCUACAACAGCGAGGACGAGUACGAGACGGCGGCAGCCCGCAUCGAGAGCAUGGACCCGGCCACCGUGGAGCAGCAGGAACACAGAUUCGAGAAGGCGCUGAGAGAGAAGAAAGGGUUCAUCAUAAAACAGAUGAAGGAAGAUGGGGCCUGCUUGUUCCGGGCUGUGGCUGACCAGGUAUAUGGUGACCAAGACAUGCACGAAGUGGUCAGGAAGCACUGCAUGGACUACCUGAUGAAGAAUGCUGACUACUUCUCCAAUUACGUGACAGAAGAUUUCACCACUUACAUUAACCGCAAACGGAAAAACAACUGCCAUGGCAACCAUAUUGAGAUGCAGGCUAUGGCAGAGAUGUACAACCGACCUGUGGAGGUUUACCAGUAUGGCACAGAGCCCAUCAAUACUUUCCAUGGCAUCCACCAGAAUGAGGAUGAGCCCAUCCGGGUGAGCUAUCACCGCAACAUACAUUACAACUCCGUGGUGAACCCCAACAAGGCUACCAUUGGGGUGGGGCUAGGGCUGCCCUCCUUCAAGCCAGGGUAUGCAGAGCAGUCCUUGAUGAAGAAUGCCAUCAAGACCUCAGAGGAGUCCUGGAUCGAGCAGCAGAUGCUGGAGGAUAAGAAGCGAGCAACCGACUGGGAAGCCACCAAUGAGGCCAUCGAAGAACAGGUUGCCAGGGAGUCUUAUUUGCAGUGGCUGCGUGACCAGGAAAAGCAGGCCAGACAGCCUCGCAAAGCCAGCGCUACUUGCAGCUCUGCCACAGCAGCUGCAGCGAGCGGUUUGGAAGAAUGGAGUGGCCGCUCCCCCCGUCAGCGCAGCUCGGCUUCUUCCCCAGAGCACCCCGACCUGCACAAUGAGCUUAUUGCCGCCAAACCUGCUUCUCCUGGAAGCACUGCAGCCCUCGCACUUCCCAAACCCCCUUCGCCAUGUGCACCAGGUACGAGCAGCCAGCUGUCUGCAGGCGGUGGCCGAGUAACCCCUCCUUUAGUGUCGUUGUAUCCAGCCCUGGAGUGCCGGGCAAUAAUGCAACAAAUGUCACCCACGGCAUUCGGUCUGAGUGACUGGGAUGACGACGAGAUCCUGGCCUCGGUGCUGGCCGUUUCGCAGCAGGAGUACUUGGAAAGCAUGAAGAAAGGCGCCCUGCACAGAGACAGUGGUUCCGACAAGAGUUGAUAACUGGCUCCGGCUCUUGCGCUCGCCUGACACCCCUUUGGUGCAUGUUUGGGCAGGAAGGAUGACGAUACUUGGGACUCUCCCCUCCUCCACUGCUGCUGAUCAAGGCUCCUUCAGCUGCCUGUUUGCCCCCCACUUUUGGCUCUCUGCAGAAGACUCUCCCCUCUGGCACGCUGAGGAACAGACAGGGGCAAGAGAGGGACAGGACCUCUUCAACAAGGAGCUGAACACUCUCCAGCCGGGGCCUGCUGGGCUUCCCCUUCAUCUGCCGUUUUUCAUUAUUAAAAGAAAUGAUUGAUCUGGUCCCCAGAGAGCCCUCCCCCCUUUGGACUGGAGGGGCAGGGCUUGCCUGCCGGGUGGGGACCGACGCUGGGCGUAGGGGUGUGGAGAAAGCAUAGCUGCUUCAGUAGAAGGAAAAUGCCACUGUAGGCCCUGCUGGUUUCCCUCACCCUGGAGGCUGGGGGGAUCCUGUAAUUGUGGGGCAAGAGAAGAGGAGGUGAUAGGACACCACUGUCUUUGGCUCUUUCAGCCACAUUCCCUGCCCUACGGGAAAAAGAUUUCAGUGAAGCAGGUCCUACCCUGCAGCCAUUGAAAUCCUUCUGCCUUCCUCCAAAGAAAAGUUUCCCCUCUUGCCUGUAAGAGGCUGUCCCCUUUUCACUCGGUGCAAUAGCCUCUCUUCCCACCCACCUCUUUGUUCACAUGUGGCUCUUGACCACCCAGCAGGUACCCGUCCUUCCACCAUUGCCAGUGGGCCAGUCCAGCUGUCUGGUAUCCCUGCUCUUGCUGCUGUGCUUCAUUGGCCUUUCUUGGUCUCUCCUGCUGCUGCCUUUUGAUUCCCCCUGUGCCUAGCAGCAGAGGGAGAGGGGGCACCGCUCACCGGCCAGUGUCAGACUUCCCCCUGGGCAGGUCUGGCCUUAGGGUAAUGCUGAGAGGAAAAGAGACUGGGAACCAAUGGACUCUGGAUGGAGGCUACAGCUAACGUGGUGAGGUGCCAAGCUCUCCGGGGGCAAAAACAGACAUUGACUCCCAUUCUAAGGGCUGGUUCAAACAGGGGAGCCUCUACUGGUUCCUGGACUGUCGAUGGGCUGGCUUGAAAGUUUGAAACAAAAAAGCCAAGGAAGGAAGUAUUUCUGGUAACCUUACCUUUUCCAGGUGUGGUGUCUUCCUCACUACAGAUGUAGUUAUAAUCUACCUAUUGUGGCCAUUUUACUGUCUAAGCCUCGGUCUGAACAAGUGUUUCUUUACACUUAGACGUAGAGAAGCCACGUUCUCAGCUCCUCUUGCGUCUUCAUGCUGAGUCCCAAAUUCUGGAGGGACAGGAGAUAUGCUGACCUUCCUGCCCCCCAUUUGUUGCUCUCUGACGCUUCAAAGAGGCAUCUUUGGAAAGUGGGGAGGGGAGUAGUCUGCUGCUUUAGAAGAUGGAUCCUGGAGACUCCACAGAUGGCUGGUCUAAAAGUGGUAUUUGGUGCCUGAAAUAAAAAUAUAGGCAGAGUUGA